AUGCAUUUCCAACUCACGGCCCUCUCAAUUACACUACUCUCUUCCCUGAUCAAUGCCUACCCCAUCACUGGUGACACUGUCAACUGCCGCUCUGGCCCGGGAACCUCUUACUCGGUAGUCAAGUCCUACCAGAAAGGCGUGGAUGUUUCAAUCACCUGCCAAGCAUCCGGCACAGAUAUCAAGGGCGACAGCAUUUGGGAUAAGACUGCCGAUGGCUGCUACGUUGCCGACUACUACGUCAAAACAGGUAGCUCAAGCUACGUGACCAAGAAAUGUGAAGGCAGCAGUGGCGGUGGCAGUGGCAGCGGCAGCGGCAAUCUACCUGGCCUUACAUCUACCCAAUCCAAGCAUGCCAAAGCCAUCAUUGGAGAAGCGAAGAAGGAAGAUCUCGGUCGUCAGGGUUGUCUUGCCGGUAUUGCAACCGCUCUUGUUGAGUCGAACAUUCUUAUCUACGCCAACAAAGAGGUCCCUUCUUCGCUCAACUAUCCCCACGAUGCCGUGGGCUCGGAUUAUGAUAGUGUUGGCAUCUUCCAGCAACGCGCCAAGUUCUAUCCCGAUAUCGCUGCUGAUAUGAAUGCUGCACAAUCAGCUGCGCAGUUCUUCAAGGGUAUGAAGGGUGUUAGUGGGUGGAGGACUAUGGAGGUUGGGAAGCUUUGCCAGAAGGUGCAGGGCUCGGCUUAUCCGUCUCGGUAUGCGGAACGUGUGGAUGAGGCUAAGAAGAUUUGUGCUGCUGGGGGUUUGUAG